AUGACCAGCAGCAACAUUAACAAAAUUAUGCGCAGCAAUAUAACACUAAAGCCGUGGAUACUUUCGAAGAAUACUUCCGAAAUUGUGAACGCCUGUAUACAGAAAAUUUACAAACAAACGCAAAAUAACUUCAAGAAUGACCCAAGUAAAAUCGCCGCAGCUAAACCCGAAAAUAAGGGACCGCUACGUGCACUCAAGUCACAAGAGCGCGUUCGCACUCCACUCAACAUAAAUGUAUCACGCGUCAAAAAGGGAGCUGCAGCAAACAAUACGCCGGGCGAUGGCAAUGCUGGGACAGCAGCUGUCAACAGCGGUGGCGGUGUUGUCGGCGAACGAUUGGCCAGCAAUGCGGCAGCCAACAGCCGCCGAGGCGCCGUAGCCAAUCUAACAGCUCAACGCAAGCUAUUGAAAUCUUCGCCCAACUACAAGAUCUACACUUCACGCCGCUUCGGCUCGAGUGCCAGUAGUUCGAAUGCGAGUAUAUUUCGGCGCAACGACGUUCCACAGCGCCGACGUUCCACAACACAAACAGCACAACUAAACUUCUUGCUGCGAACCUAUGCAACACAACUAAAUGCACCUAGCGCCUUCACCAAACAAUCGGUAUUGCCAAAGUUUAUGAUUUCGGCGCGUAACCAGCAUAUGCAAAGUCGCACAGAAGUAGCCACACCGUCACACGUGGCGCACUUGGUAUCGGCUAUACAGCGCGACUUGCUACCCAUCAACACCGAGAUUAAGAAUCGCAUUGCGCUCGGUCGCCCGCGUAUGGGAAAACUAGCCGCACAGAAGGCGACAAAUGAUGAUCCCAUGAGCGGUUGGCAUCAUCCGCCAGCACAGGAGCUCUUCUUGUCGCGUCUCAAUCAGCAGGGGAUCGCAAGCACCGAAUUGCAGGAACAAUACCGUCGCAUGAAGAACGCCAACAAGAUGCGUCAGUUCGAGAAUUUGCGUCAAUUGGAAAGGCUGGGUUCGAUGGGCAAGAAGGCGUUGCGACACGUACAAAAUGAGGUUGAGGUGAACGCUGAAGUGGCAACAAAGCGCGAUCUACCACAUCGGCCCACGCGUGAGCAAACGCCGAAUUUCGAAGGAUCAUACGCUACUCGUGCAAUGCCGCAACAGGCUUAUGAAGCGGAUGCAAUAGAAACACCUAGCACACUUGCAACUUUGGACGCCCCGCAGGCAUUUUUAGCCAUGCCACGCGCUUCGCAGCUAACCAGCGCUGCGCCAAGCCAUGCCGUGACGCACAGCGGCCAGUCGAGAUCACAUUCACUGCUCGCAAACGAAGAGCGUUACGUUUCGAGUGCGAACUCGGCCACACCGGCAAUAGAUGCUCCAACGGCGGCUAACAGCGCCGCAACAACAGCCAAACAACUAAGUCUUCCUGCGCAGUCUGAAACAAAGCCAACGCCGCUCAUAUCUAAACAAUUCCUGCGGAUUACGAAACACUCUGCUACAUCACAGCUGAGCAGAGCUGCAGCGCAAAAUCAGAUGCGUUUCAAUCACAGUGCUCAUUUGAAAAAAAUUUGA